UGGAAAACCGGAUGGUCGGAUGUCUACCAUAGAUAGUCCGUCUAAGGAUCGAAUUGGACACUUUAGACUGUAGUUACGUAAGAUUCCGCGUAGUGACGCUGCAAAGCGGAACUUCUGGAGGUUAUUUCUAUUAAAUUUUACCUCCACUCCGUUGAGGAUGCUCCCGAAAAACCUGGUUCAACGCGCGAGGAUUUUCACCGAGAUCGGAAGCGCCAGUUUCAGUUCGUUUGCCGCCAAAUCAACCUCCCGGUCGCGAGUGAGAAUUGUUUAUCCCGCGGAUUUUCUGCACAUACCCCCGGAUCGACGCGUUUCUCGCGAUCUCUUGAUCCUCCGUUCGCGAAAUAACGGUCAACGUUUACCGGGUUGUGGAGAAGGAGAUUUUUGAAUUUCAGUCAGUCGCGUCUCGGCGUGUUACGGUUUCUUCGAAUCGUGCGAUGGCUAAAAUACAGUUGACGAAUGUCGCCGUCCUGGAUAACCCCUCGCCGUUUCUUAAUCCAUUUCAAUUCGAAGUCACUUUUGAGUGUAUCGAGGAGCUGAGAGAAGAUUUGGAAUGGAAGAUGAUAUAUGUAGGCAGUGCAGAAUCGGAGGAAUUCGAUCAGGUGCUCGAUACGAUAUACGUCGGUCCAAUACCCGAAGGAAGGCAUAUGUUUGUUUUUCAAGCCGAUCCCCCAGAUGUGAGUCGCAUACCAGUGAACGACGCUUUAGGUGUUACGGUAGUUUUGCUGACUUGUUCCUAUAGAGGUCACGAGUUCGUUCGUGUAGGAUACUUUAUUAAUAAUGAAUACAUGGAUGCCGAACUUAGAGAAAACCCGCCUCCGCAACCACAGUUCGAUAAAGUUCAACGGAAUAUUUUGGGUGACAAACCGAGAGUGACGAGAUUUAAAAUCAACUGGGAUGAUGGUACAAGUUCGAAUGCAAGCAAUCAACAAGAAACUAUCGAGGCUCAAACUAUGGAGGAGACGACUCAAGAUACCCCUACGUCAACGUUAGGUUUUCUAGAGAGCACGCAAAACAGUAUGGAGGUGAUGUGAGGAAAAAGUGUUUAUCCUCGAGAGGUUAAUGGCCGAGCCAGCAUUGUUAUAGCAGUGUUAAAAAUGAGAAUCGGCGAUGCAGGCUUGGGUAAGAAAAGACUAUUGCCACAUUUUAUUUUUGCUACUCCUUAAAAUCUAUCCCUCUUGGAUGAUUUCAUUCAGAGUUGCGCAUAAAGGAUACCAAGGUAUCUAAACUAAUAGUAUCUAAACUAGGUAUCUAAUCUAAAUUGUUAAAAAAGUAUGGUGCAUUAUUCGUUUAUCAUGGCAUCGGUACGAUGAACAACUUCAGGGAUCUUAGAGAACAAGUAGAGGAUAACAAAAGUUUCGUACAAAGUAAAUGAUACAACUCUUAAAAAGAGUAUUUAUUAUAUUCAUAGGAGAAAAACACAUACGUCAAAUGUGAUCACAUUGAGUGCAUUGUCGAAACCUAAACUUCUGUAGUGAUUUGGAUUUCUUUUGCUUCAUAGAUUUAAGUCAGCACGCUGUGUAACUACGAUAAACGUUAUUUCAACCUUCCAUUUUCCUGAUCCAUGUACAGUAUAAAAUUGAUAAAAAUGUAAGUAAAAGGUUAACUUUAAGAUAGGCAUUACGUAAAAUUCUUCUGUGAAGAUUCCAACUUAUAAGAAGCAAACUUUUGAUACUUUGAAUGAUCGAUCUAUAUUAUAAACUACUUUGAAUGUGAUGAACAUAAAGUGUGAGAUAACGUUUUAUUUCACCAGCGUGUAUGUGUAUAUAAAUAUGUAUUGAAAAAGGAUUACAUGUUAUGUUUUCUACUUGGAUAAA